AUGGUGGAGCCAGGGCAAGAUCUACUACUUGCCGCUUUGAGUGAGAGUGGGAUCAGUCCAAAUGACCUCUUUGAUAUCGAUGGUGGAGAUGCAGGGAUUGCCACUCCAACUCCUACCACGCCAGUGCAGCAGUCGGUGCCAUUUAGUCCAUUAGAGCUAGGUUUGGAGACAGAAGCAGCAGUUCCUGUUAAACAAGAGCCAGAGGCUGUACCUACUCCCGCACUGUUAAAUGUGAGGCAGCAGCCUCCAUCUACUACGACAUUUGUGCUGAAUCAGAUAAAUCAACUUCCAGCCUUAGGAUCUACAAUUGUAAUGACUAAAACACCACCUGUAACAACCAAUAGGCAAACCAUCACUUUAACAAAGUUUAUCCAGACUACCGCAAACACACGCCCUUCAAUCUCAGCACCAGUAGUCCGAAAUGCCAUGACUUCUGCACCUUCAAAAGACCAGGUUCAACUGAAGGACCUACUAAAAAAUAAUAGUCUUAAUGAACUUAUGAAAUUGAAACCACCUGCCAAUAUUGCUCAGCCAGUUGCAACAGCAGCUACCGAUGUAAGCAAUGGUGCAGUAAAGAAAGAGUCUUCUAAUAAAGAAGUAGCAAGAAUAUGGAUAAAUGACAUGAAAAUGAGGAGUUUUUCCCCAACCAUGCAACAUGAAACAUUCCUGCCAAAUGGAGAUCGUGCUGGCUUCUUAAUAGGUGAUGGUGCUGGUGUAGGGAAAGGCAGGACAAUAGCAGGGAUCAUCUAUGAAAAUUACUUGUUGAGUAGGAAAAGAGCCCUGUGGUUUAGUGUUUCCAAUGACUUAAAGUAUGAUGCUGAAAGAGAUUUGAGGGAUAUUGGAGCAAAAAACAUUUUAGUCCAUUCAUUAAAUAAGUUUAAAUAUGGAAAAAUUUCUUCCAAGCAUAAUGGGAGUGUGAAAAAGGGUGUUAUUUUUGCUACCUAUUCUUCCCUUAUUGGUGAAAGUCAGUCUGGUGGUAAAUAUAAAACUAGAUUAAAACAACUUCUACACUGGUGUGGUGAUGACUUCGAUGGAGUUAUAGUGUUCGAUGAGUGUCAUAAAGCAAAAAACUUAUGUCCUGUUGGUUCUUCAAAACCAACCAAGACAGGGUUGGCAGUUCUAGAGCUUCAGAACAAAUUGCCAAAGGCCAGAGUUGUCUAUGCUAGUGCCACUGGUGCUUCUGAACCUCGCAACAUGGCCUAUAUGAACCGUCUUGGAAUAUGGGGUGAAGGAACUCCAUUUAGAGAAUUCAGUGAUUUCAUUCAAGCAGUGGAGCGCAGAGGUGUUGGUGCCAUGGAGAUAGUUGCUAUGGACAUGAAACUCCGAGGCAUGUACAUUGCUCGACAGCUUAGCUUUACCGGAGUGACCUUCAAAAUCGAGGAAGUUCUUCUUUCACAGAGCUAUGUUAAAAUGUAUAACAAAGCAGUGAAGCUGUGGGUCAUUGCAAGAGAGCGGUUUCAGCAAGCUGCAGAUCUGAUGGAUGCUGAACAGCGGAUGAAGAAGUCCAUGUGGGGUCAGUUCUGGUCUGCUCACCAAAGGUUUUUCAAGUACUUGUGCAUAGCAUCAAAAGUUAAAAGGGUUGUGCAACUUGCCCGAGAAGAAAUCAAGAAUGGAAAAUGUGUUGUAAUUGGUCUGCAGUCUACAGGAGAAGCUAGAACUUUAGAAGCCUUGGAAGAGGGUGGAGGAGAACUAAAUGAUUUUGUUUCAACUGCCAAAGGGGUGCUUCAGUCACUCAUUGAAAAACAUUUCCCUGCUCCAGACAGGAAAAAACUGUAUAGUUUGCUAGGAAUUGAUCUGUCAGCUCCAAGCAACAACAGUUCACCAAGAGAUAGUCCUUGUAAAGAAAAUAAAAUAAAGAAGCGGAAAGGUGAAGAAAUAACUCGAGAAGCAAAAAAAGCACGAAAAGUGGGUGGUCUUGCUGGUAGCAGUUCUGAUGACAGUGGAAGUGAGUCUGAUGCCUCGGACAAUGAAGAAAGUGAUUAUGAGAGCUCUAAAAACAUGAGCUCCGGCGAUGAUGAUGAUUUUAACCCGUUUAGAGAUGAGUCUAGUGAAGAUGAUGAGGAUGAUCCCUGGUUAAUCAGAAAAGACCACAAAAAAAGCAAAGAUAAAAAAAAGAAGAAAAGUAUAGAUCCAGAUUCUAUUCAAAGUGCCUUAUUAGCAUCAGGUCUUGGAUCCAAACGACCUAGUUUUUCAUCCACACCAGUCAUCUCACCUGCUCCUAACAGUGCACCAGCUAACAGUAACACCAACAGUACCAAUAGCCUUAUAACAAGUCAGGAUGCUGUGGAAAGGGCCCAACAGAUGAAGAAAGACCUGCUUGAUAAACUAGAAAAGUUAGCAGAAGACCUCCCUCCUAAUACCCUGGAUGAACUUAUUGAUGAGCUGGGUGGCCCUGAGAACGUUGCUGAGAUGACUGGACGAAAGGGGCGAGUAGUGAGCAACGACGAUGGAAGCAUUUCUUACGAAUCACGAUCUGAACUUGAUGUGCCUGUUGAAAUACUAAAUAUUACAGAAAAACAGAGGUUUAUGGAUGGAGAUAAGAAUAUUGCUAUCAUCUCAGAAGCUGCCAGCUCAGGUAUUUCAUUGCAAGCAGAUAGGAGAGCUAAAAAUCAAAGGCGAAGAGUUCAUAUGACUUUGGAGUUACCAUGGAGUGCUGAUAGAGCGAUUCAACAAUUCGGAAGAACUCACAGAUCAAAUCAAGUUACUGCACCUGAAUAUGUCUUUCUGAUUUCUGAAUUGGCAGGAGAGCAAAGAUUUGCUUCUAUUGUUGCUAAAAGACUUGAGAGUUUGGGUGCGCUUACUCAUGGUGAUAGAAGAGCUACAGAAUCUAGAGACCUGAGCAGAUUCAACUUUGAUAAUAAGUAUGGAAGAAACGCUUUAGAAAUUGUCAUGAAAUCCAUUGUCAACUUGGAUUCUCCUAUGGUGUCGCCACCUCCAGACUACCCUGGAGAGUUCUUCAAAGAUGUUCGACAAGGACUGAUAGGAGUGGGACUGAUCAAUGUAGAAGAUCGCUCAGGAAUCCUUACUCUUGAUAAAGAUUACAACAACAUAGGAAAGUUCUUAAAUAGAAUUCUGGGCAUGGAGGUGCAUCAGCAGAACGCCUUGUUUCAGUACUUUGCGGACACACUCACUGCGGUUGUUCAAAAUGCUAAAAAAAAUGGAAGAUACGAUAUGGGAAUACUAGAUCUUGGUUCAGGGGAUGAAAAGGUGAGGAAAAGUGAUGUGAAGAAGUUUCUAACUCCAGGGUACUCAACCUCUGGCCAUGUGGAAUUAUAUACAAUUAGUGUGGAAAGGGGGAUGUCCUGGGAGGAAGCAACCAAGAUUUGGGCUGAUCUGACAGGACCAGAUGACGGCUUUUACUUGUCAUUGCAAAUAAGGAACAACAAGAAGACUGCUAUCUUAGUUAAAGAAGUGAAUCCUAAAAAGAAACUCUUCUUAGUUUAUCGGCCAAAUACAGGGAAGCAACUCAAAUUAGAAAUCUACGCUGAUCUAAGAAAAAAGUAUAAGAAGGUGGUCUCUGAUGAUGCCCUGGUACACUGGUUGGAUCAGUAUAACUCAUCUGCAGAUACGUGUACACAUGCUUACUGGCGUGGCAAUUGCAAAAAAGCAAGCUUGGGAUUGGUGUGUGAAAUAGGUCUUCGUUGCCGCACGUACUAUGUGUUGUGUGGCUCGGUGCUGAGCGUCUGGACUAAAGUAGAGGGUGUUCUUGCUUCUGUCAGUGGCACAAACGUGAAAAUGCAGAUAGUUCGGCUAAGAACAGAAGAUGGGCAACGAAUUGUAGGUUUGAUCAUUCCGGCAAAUUGUGUGUCUCCUCUUGUAAAUCUCCUGUCAACUUCAGACCAGUCCCAGCAGCUCGCGGUACAGCAGAAGCAGCUGUGGCAGCAGCACCAUCCGCAGAGUAUUGCCAGCCUGAGCAACGCCUAGAGAACACAGCUUUCGGAGAUGCAAAAAAAAUCAGGGACAGUUUCCAAAGAAUUAUAUAUUUUUUUCAGUUGUGCUCUCUAGUUAAUUUUGGGGGAGGAAGGGCAAACCUGGAAUAGAAAACCCGGAAGUCAGCACCACAGUGGUACACACAUCGUUCCUUUGUUUCCCUUUGGGCCACCCUUCUGCUCUUGGUUGCUGUGAGCAGAGGGAGGAGGGUGCGUGUGUGUGUGUGUGUGUGUGUGUGUGUGUGUGUGUGUCGGGCGGGUG